GAAACGUUUGUAAAGUCCUAGUCAAACCACAAUUUAACCAUGAAAGGAUAGUUGAAAAAAGCAUUAAACAACGAUCUCUUUAAAUGAUACUAAAUCACUGUGUUGUACAAAUUGUAAACAAAAUAAACAAUCAUUAAUAGAGUUUUGUACGAGGUUAUUUUGUGUUGAGUGAGCACUAAACUAAACAUGUUGAACGAAGUCAGCAGUAACGACAAUGCUCGUUCAAAACCAAGAUCUCGUAGGUCUGAGUUUCGUUCCGUGCGUAUACUAGUCAUAGAACCUAGUCGCAAAUAUUGUAAGACGGUGUGGUGUGCCAUUGGUGUUGGGUUUACCCAUGUCUUCAUAGGAGCGACAGUUAUGACUAUUUUGAUGUUUUAUUUGAGUAUGGGAGACCUUCAUGCUAUUUUGUGUACGGUUGCAUAUCAUUUCUUUACCGCGGAAGCUAUACUAAGUUUCAACUAUGCGAAUGGCUGGUCAGCCCCAUUGCAUUUAAGGCACAGGCGAUUCGCGCACAUUUUCCUGCAAGUUUGUGGUGUUGUGUUUGCUCUAACGGGAACCCUGUUAGUUUGUACUUCUAAAGGAUUAUCUGGAAGUGUACAUGGCGUAACGGGUAUAGCCACAGCUGUAUUGCAUGUCAUAUCAUUUAUUAUUGGGCCUUUUGUUUUAUAUCGCGGCCGAUAUUUUAGAUUAGUACAUACGUGUUUUGGAAUACCAACAUUUUUGUUAUCAUCUAUCAGUCUUUGUAGUGCUUUAUUUACACCCGACUUCAAGAACUGGACAAACGAUACUGUGAUAUUUGUUUUGAUAGGUUUUAUUGUUUUCUAUUCGGCCUUUAUUUUGGUGACCUGCUUUAUAAAAUGUAUGAUGAGAAUUUAUUAAAAAGUACAUU